GAUGGGAUGAAGGAGCUGAGUGUAUGCAGCCGGCACAGGCACAACAUGGGCAGGGUGUUAAGGACAGGGAGCCUCUUACUAUCUUGGAACCGGCCACACUGGGAACCUGUAGUAGGCAUGCCUUCCACCAAAAGAAGCCGGGGAGCAGGCACCGUGUGCUGAUGAUGCUAUUUGCAGACCAGCUCGGUAUUGGGCAGAAGUCACAGCGAGCCCGCACGCUCCUAUCCCGCUUAGUAGUAUCACCUGCUGGGACAACACUUCCUACGGCUCACUGCUUGGUGUCACGACAGAGGCACAUACUGCGACAACUGUCAGCACAGGGCGACAGCUGGUCUCUAUAUCGGACUCCUGCUGCUGGGGAACCCUGGUCAGCGUCCAUGCCCCACUGGCCCAGGGUGUGAGAGAGACCCCGCCGCCAGGACAGCUGUGACUAGUGACCCGCAGCGGCGCGGAGAGCUGACCCCCGGGUACCUGAGUUCCCGGCUGCGAUGGGCUCGGCACAUGAUCUCUCCCAGCUGCGGAGCCUGUUCGCCGCCUGUGAUGUGAAUGGCUCCGGGCUGGUUGAGCUGGAGGACUUCGCCGCCGUGUGCAGGGAUGUGGGCGUACAGCCCCGUCUGGUGCGGCCGCUGUUCCGCAGGCUCGAUGUGGAUCAGGACGGAAUCAUCGACUUCGUGGACUUCUCUGCCCGCUUCGAGGAGGUGUCCGAAGCCCUGAACCUGGCAGCAUACCGGCCCCCUGAGCCGCCUGCUGGCUGGAAGGAGGUGGAGGGCAGGCUGGGGGGAGAGACCGAGCAUCUGACCAGUGAAACCAGAGAGCAACUUUGGAACUUAUACCAGGAAAUCCAAGAAGUCUCUGUGCCCGGACUUCUUGAACAAUAUGAGAAACUGAUUGAGAACAUGUCCUAUGACUUUCGUGCUCAACGGCUUAACAUGGAAAAGCUGGAAUCCGUCCUGAAAAGGACAGAGGAGACCACAGCCUUGCAGAUGGCAGAGUUGGAAGAAGACUUGCAGCAUCACUUGACAAAAGUGGAAGGUCAAAUACGUGAUGAGGAACAGCAGAGACUUGAAGCUGCUAUUCAAGAGUUGCAAAGAAGACAUGGGAUUGAGAUAUCUGAAAUGCAAGCCAGGAUUGACAGGAUAGCAAAGAACCAAGAUAAACGCAAGGCUCAGGAAUCCAAAGAAGAAAGUACUAAACUGAAAAACCAAAUAUUUGACCUUUCUCAGGAAAAUGAACACUUGAAACAAAACGUACUAGAGACCCAGACCAACAUUUCACUACUACAGACUGAACUGGACAAGCUGAAGAAUGACUAUGCCGAUCAGCUGAUGCACCAUUCACAAGAAAAAGAGAUGCUGAAGGCCAUGAUCGAUGAAAGCAGAGCUUACAGCAGCCAAAUCCAGAUACUUAAUGAAGCCAACAAGUCUCUGUAUGACAGUAAUGACAGCAUGCGAUCCGCUCUUACAAACUUUGAAAAUGAAAAGAAACGGCAUUCUUCUCCCAAUCCUCAAAAGGAAGCACCUGUGAUUACUUACAGCAGCUAUGCCACAGAGGAUGAUCCAUACCACCGGUUUUCUGAUGUAGCCAAGUGGGCCAACAAAUGCAAUGAAAGUGGAGUGUCCCUGCCUCGCAGCAUUGGAUACAGUGAUGUGGAUAGCUCCGCCAGUGAAUUUGGCAGUGAACACAGCCACAGCUCCAACGAGCCCUGGGAAGGAAGUGUUUCUUAUGUGAAUUCUGAAGCAGAGACACUGGAGGCCAGAUCAGAAGUUGAUGGUAGAACCAAAUGGAGUCCGUCUCGACCCGUAAGCCGCAGUGGUUCCUCUGCUUCUUCAAAAAGGCGACUUCCUGCAUUUACACCAAAAAAAGAAGGUUUGGUCUUAGGAGAAGGAUCCCAAUCCCCUAGUCCAAUUUAUAGGCUCGUGCUGGCUGGAGAUGCUGGAUCCGGGAAGUCCAGUUUCCUUCUAAGACUGUGUUUGAAUGAAUUCCGAGGCGACAUUCCUACCACAUUAGGAGUUGACUUUCAUAUGAAGAAACUAUUAGUUGAUGGAGAUUAUACAACACUUCAGAUCUGGGACACAGCUGGACAAGAAAGGUUCCGCAGUAUAGCAAAGUCUUAUUUCCGGAAAGCCCAUGGGGUGUUGCUGAUGUAUGAUGUCACAUCAGAAUCCAGUUUCCUCAAUGUACGGCAGUGGAUUGACGAGAUCAAAAAUUCAUGUGAUAAACCUAUACCCCUGAUGCUGAUUGGCAAUAAAACAGACUUGAGGGCAGAAGGGAGCAGGGGAAUUCCAACUGCAAUAGGGGAAAAGCUGGCCAUGGCCUAUAGCUCCCUCUUCUGUGAGACAAGUGCAAAGGAUGGCACCAAUGUAGUGGAAGCUGUUCUUCAUCUUGCCAGGGAAGUGAAGAAAUCUGUGGAUCUGGUGAAAGAAAACCAAGAAGCGGUGACCAAUCUCAGCAUUCCAGAUAAAAAGUCUAAUUGCUGCAAGAUCUAACACUGAUUACAUCUGGGAUUGUAUUUCCAGACAAGACCAUAUGAAGGAUAAAAGUGAUUGGUCCAGCUGACAAAAACUGAUAACUGAUGCCUUUCACUAUUUUGUACCCCAAUCUGGGAUGGAAUUUUGCAUUGAACAAAAUGCAGCAUUUCUCUUCUAAGAACAGCAUGCUGAAUGAACUCUUAUAGAAACAUAGGCUCCCCCCCAGACUAUUAAUUCCUUUGUCUAUGUCCUCUGGAAAUGUGUAUAUAUAUUUUUUUUCUAAUUUGGACAAAUGGUUCUUCACUGCCUCUAAUGUAUUGAGAAUUGAUAGUUGAUAUUUAUCUAAUCUACAUGAUAUUUUAAACAUUUGGUAACUUCUCAGCAAUAGUGAUUAAAACAUAACUGGUUUGUUACCAAAAAUGAUGUAACAUAGUUUUAGGAGAUUUAGAAUCUAAUGUUUGUUUUGUCAGAUUUGAUGUGUCAGUUAGACACCAGGCAGAACAUUAAUAAGAGAAUGGUCCUCUAUGAGGCUUUUAUACGUUUAUUUUCUUACUGCAGCAUUUUUGGUGCGCUAGGUGGUUACAGCUCACAAUUCUGGAUCAAACACAUUUGCCUUAAAUGUCACCUGACUAAUGCGUAGUGUUCACUCUAGGCUGUUUUAGCAGGGCGCCGCUCCCUGCCCGUUUUUUAGCAGGCAAAACCCGCCCUGCCCCUUUUGCGGCGCCCUGCUAGAACAGCCGCCCGCUUCCUGCCGGCAUCCAUUCACGCAUUGGGAGAGGGCUGGGGGAAGCCCAGCACCGACGGAGGUGCUGGGCACGCCCCCAACAGUGACGUCACCGGCCACAGACGCUCUCUAUAGUAGCGUCUGUGGGCCGCACCGCCCCCUAAACCGCCCCCUAAAAUAACGUAGGCGUGGCCACGCCCCCUAAUUUGCGUGGCCGCGCCCCCGUUUCGGCCGUGCCCCCGGAGUCCAGCGCCCUGCCCCUUUUCACUCCUAGAGUGAACACUAUAAUGCGCACACACCAUUGGUACUGUAGUGCCUUUGACUAUGAACAUUUUAAAAUAAUUGCAAGGGUUUGGUCGUGUACAAUUGCUACAAUUUUUCUUAACGCUGAAUAAAGUUUUUAUCUAAGUUA